CUCCAUACAAUUGGCACGCCUGAACAUAAAUGUCGAUGAUGUGCUCGUUACCGGCCGAAGGUGUGGGAAGUUUGCCACGCCGUUAUCGGCAAUUGUGUUUUAUUGUGCCGGCGCGCGACGGGAAAUUCGACAAUUCCAUUAGGAAAACAAGUUCGUAAUUAGGCGAUAACGUUCGAUAUCUUCAAUUGCAAUGUGUUCACGUUCUUAGAUAUGUGAAAUUUCUCCGGUCUUUUGAGUUAUGUAACUCGACGCGAGUACAAAUUCGUCUAGAGAAGAGAAUCGCCGGCCAUUGACAUUGGAAAUUAUAACCUACUGGAUUUGCGGCGUACGAAUCAGGAGCUGAAGAUGGACACGUCAACGAUUAAGCCGAAGACGCGAUUGAACCUGGAGAAGCAGGAGCAUUUGGUUAAAUUGGGCAUUCUCUUGAUUGCGGCGAUUUUGUCAUUUGCAACUCGACUGUUCUCCGUGUUGCGGUUCGAGAGUGUUAUCCAUGAAUUCGAUCCGUAUUUCAACUAUCGCACGACGCGAUUUCUGGCCGAGGAAGGAUUCUACAACUUCCACAAUUGGUUCGACGACCGGGCGUGGUACCCCCUCGGCAGAAUUAUCGGCGGCACAAUCUACCCCGGAUUGAUGAUAACGUCGGCCGCGUUGUACCGGCUUAUGUGGCUCUUGAAUAUCACCAUCGACAUACGUAAUGUCUGCGUGUUUUUGGCCCCUUUUUUCUCGUCGCUCACGACCAUUGUGACUUAUCUUUUAACCAAGGAAAUCCAUAGUACGGGCGCCGGCUUAGUAGCGGCUGCUAUGAUAGCCAUUGUUCCGGGAUAUAUAUCACGAUCAGUAGCCGGUUCGUACGAUAAUGAGGGGAUCGCCAUAUUCUGCAUGCUCCUCACGUACUACUUGUGGAUCAAGGCGGUGAAGACGGGCGGCAUCUUCUGGGCGACUAUGUCGGCUUUGGCAUAUUUUUACAUGGUAUCAUCAUGGGGUGGCUACGUAUUUCUCAUUAAUUUAAUUCCCAUGCACGUUCUGGCUCUAAUGGCCACUGGACGAUUCUCACAUCGAAUCUACGUAGCAUACAGUAUUUUAUAUUGCCUCGGAACUGUUCUCUCUAUGCAAAUUUCAUUCGUCGGUUUCCAGCCUGUUCAAAGUUCUGAACACAUGUUGGCUCUAGGCGUAUUUGGAUUAUGCCAGAUUCAUGCGUUCGUGGAUUACAUUCGUUCGCGAAUGUCAGCCGAACAUUUCAACAUUCUUUUCAAAGCAUUGGUAUCAACAGUUUUAUCUGCUGUGUUUCUGGUUGGUACAAUAUUAACCAUCACAGGAAAAGUAUCGCCGUGGACUGGGCGAUUCUACUCUCUCUUGGAUCCAUCAUAUGCGAAAAAUCACAUUCCAAUUAUUGCUUCAGUAUCGGAACAUCAGCCAACGUCCUGGUCUUCAUUCUACUUCGACUUACAGAUAUUGGUGUUCUUGUUCCCGGCGGGGCUCUAUUUCUGUUUCGCAAAACUCUCCGACGCAAACAUUUUCAUCAUCCUGUAUGGUAUUACAAGCAUUUAUUUUGCUGGUGUAAUGGUGCGUUUAAUGUUGGUCCUGGCUCCAGUGAUGUGCGUCCUGUCCGGAAUUGCAGUUUCCCAUUUACUUUCGAAAUAUGUUAAGAGCGUGGACGCGGGUUCAACGAAAUCGUUCGACCCCAAAAAGCACAAGAAACUUGAACAACAACCAGCUGUAAAAAGUGAAGUAGCAAUCGGAUUCGUAGCAUUGCUAACAGUAAUGCUAAUUACCUAUACUUUCCACUGUACCUGGGUCACAUCGGAGGCGUACAGCUCACCAAGCAUUGUUUUAAGUGCGCGGUCGCAUGAUGGGGGACGUAUUAUUUUUGAUGACUUCCGAGAAGCUUACUAUUGGUUGAAAAUGAAUACUCCAGAGGAUGCUCGUGUAAUGUCGUGGUGGGAUUACGGCUAUCAAAUCACGGCCAUGGCGAAUCGGACGAUCCUAGUUGAUAACAAUACUUGGAAUAAUACACACAUAUCGCGAGUAGGCCAAGCUAUGGCGUCGACAGAGGAAAAGGCGUAUGAAAUUAUGCGAGAAUUGGAUGUCGACUACGUCCUAGUUAUAUUUGGUGGCUUAACUGGAUACUCUUCGGAUGAUAUCAACAAGUUUUUGUGGAUGGUUCGCAUUGGUGGAAGUACAGAUCGGGGAGCGCAUAUCCACGAAAAAGAUUAUUAUGCUUCAAGUGGAGAUUUUCGGGUUGACAAGGAAGGAUCACCUACUCUGCUGAACUGUCUUAUGUAUAAAAUGUGCUACUAUCGAUUCGGCCAAGUUUAUACCGAAGGCGGAAAGCCGCCUGGUUAUGAUCGGGUUCGUGCCGCUGAGAUAGGCAACAAAGACUUCGAAUUGGAUGUCCUAGAAGAGGCGUACACAACUGAGCAUUGGCUGGUUAGGAUUUAUAAAGUGAAAGAUUUGAGAAAUCGCGGAGUGUAGGGAAUUCAGAGAAUAAUUUAGAAGGAAAUUAUCCAUCAGUAUGCCCAGUUAUGAUGUAACUUUUUGACCGUGUGAUAUAUCCCAUUUCCUUGUACAUAAUUUCUUUUCCAAUGUUUCAUUUGAGCUCCCUUUCUUCUCUGCUUCGCCUUCUUAAAUCUCGGUUUUAAUCUCUUCCUUAUUAAUAUUCGUUACGAAUCUGUUUAGACUAUAUAAUUAAUGAUACAUGAUUAUGAUAAGCAAUUUAUACAAUAUUUUUAAUAAAGUUGUAACAUU